AUGGACACCUUGGAUAGUAGGAGUGACCCCCGGUAUUCUGAUGGCGAUCACAACCCAUGGCUGAUGGAGAGAACGGAAGACAUGGAUCAGAGGAACCGGGAUGGGGUGGAGGGGUGGCGGCUGGUAGAUGUCCUGCUCUCCGGGGGGGCUCCAUGGGGGUUCACACUCAAAGGAGGCAGAGAACACCGAGAACCACUGCUCAUCACCAAGGUAAUGCAGGAGACACUCUGCUCUAAUGGAAACAUUUAAUACCAUGCUGUGAGAAAGAAGGCCCUCUUCCAAGUCUGACUUGUGAAAUAUCAGAGGACAUUAAUAUACUGAACUGUACACUCUUUCUUUGCUGUUUUAUGUUCCUGAUAACUUUGACCAAUGUUUCCUGGUGUAGAAGGAAGUGUGCUCGUCCUACCAGGGUUGA